CCUGACAAACACAGAUGCACAACAGCAGCAGGCAGGACUGGGCAGGGCUUGGGAAAAUUGUCUUAUUUUAUUUCUAGACUACAUGCGCCUGUCUCAGAGAGAGUGCAUAGGAUAUACAAGCAUAGAGGGAGAGGGAGAAAGAGGAGAGGAGUAAGGGAGGAGUGUGGAUCAUGCAUGUGCAUUAACUCAGCUCCAGCGGCACAGCAGCAGCAGCAGCAGCACAGGAGAAACAGCAGCACAGGAGAAACAGCAGCAGCACAGGAGGGAAAGAGAAAAAGACUGAGACAUACAGAGUUGGAGGGAGGGUAACAGACUCAGACACAGGAACAAAGGCUGCAGAGCACUGCUUUCCAGCGCCACUAAAAGAACAACGGAGGAGUUGGAGCAGGAGGAGGGGGCGGUCAUGAUAGUAGUGAGACAAUAACGGAGGAGAGGAGGCACAUUGUAGUCCAGUAAGGACUGAAACCAAGGCUCUUCUCUUCUCUACUCUCCAUGUUUUUGGGAAUUCAACACUCCAUUACCUUUGCUCCAAACCCAGAGGAGGAUGUCUUUGUCAGGCAAGAAGGAAUUUGAUGUGAAGCAGAUCCUCAGGCUCCGAUGCGCUGGUUCAGCCAUUCAUCUCAAGGGUUCUGCUGGUAGUAUGGGUGGUGGUGUUGGUGGGGUCGGAGGCUACAUCCAGCAGGACGGCUUGGACCACAGAGGUCCGCCUGUCCAGGGCCGCCUCAAGAGUCACUCAAGGGAUAGAAAUGUUGGAGGAGGAGGGAUACGGAAGAAUAACAGCCCCGUCCACAGCAUCCUGGCACCAACAUCAGGGCCCACACCUGUCUAUGUCAGAACAGGGCAUCAGUCAUGGCACCAAGAGCAGAACACCAUCCAAGCACUCCAGGACAAUGAGGAAUCCCCAAAGACCAGUUCGACGAGGAAAGAAGACGAACACAGAGUCAAAGAAGUUGUUAAGGACAGCACAGAAGAACCUGUGGAGGCAGAGGUCAAAGACAGGUAGGACAAACUGAGUAUUUGUUGUAGUUCCCCACUGAGAAUGAACACCAACUCCUCUGAUGAGUUUUUCCAGGCCACAAAUCACGCAGAACAGACCUUCCGAAAGAUGGAGACGUACCUCCAGCACAAGCAGCUGUGUGAUGUCCUGUUGAUUGCGGGGGAUCAUAAGAUACCAGCUCACAGAUUGGUCCUGAGCGCUGUGUCGGACUACUUUGCUGCCAUGUUCACCAGCGACGUGAGGGAAGCAAAGCAGGAGGAGAUCAAAAUGGAGGGAGUCGACCCAGAGGCCCUCAGAGCCUUGGUUCAUUUUGCUUACACUGGUGUCCUUGAGUUGAAAGAGGAGACCAUUGAGAGUUUAUUGGCAGCAGCUUGCCUCCUCCAGCUUUCUCAAGUCAUCCAAGUUUGCUGCAACUUCUUGAUGAAACAGCUUCAUCCCUCUAAUUGCCUGGGAAUACGUUCCUUUGCAGAUGCCCAGGGCUGUGUGGACCUACUCAAUGUGGCUCACAACUACACCAUGGAACACUUCCUGGAGGUCAUCCAGAAUCAAGAAUUCCUGCUGCUCCCCACGGCUGAGAUUAUUAAGUUACUUUCCAGUGAUGACAUCAACGUUCCAGAUGAGGAGACCAUUUUCCAAGCUUUGAUGAUGUGGGUGAGGUAUGACGUCCAGCAUCGACAGCAGGAUCUAGGCCUCCUUCUUGCCUACAUCCGUCUGCCUCUGCUUCCCCCGCAGCUGCUUGCAGAUCUAGAAAACAACAAGAUGUUCUCUGAUGAUCUGGAAUGCCAAAAGCUGCUCAUGGAGGCCAUGAAAUACCAUCUGCUUCCAGAGCGACGUCCCAUGUUUCAGAGUCCAAGAACCAAGCCUAGAAAGUCAACUGUGGGUGCACUUUAUGCCGUAGGUGGGAUGGACGCAACAAAAGGCUCUACCACUUUGGAGAAAUAUGACCUUCGAACCAACACUUGGGUCCAGGUUGGAGUGAUGAAUGGGCGCCGGCUGCAGUUUGGUGUGGCAGUGAUUGACAACAAGCUGUAUGUAGUCGGAGGAAGAGAUGGCCUUAAAACAUCUAACAUGGUGGAAUGUUACAAUCCAGUCAGCAAAAUGUGGUCCACAAUGCCCCCAAUGUCAACACACAGGCAUGGACUUGGUAUUGCUGUCCUGGAGGGACCUAUGUAUGCUGUUGGGGGCCAUGAUGGUUGGAGCUAUCUCAACACUGUUGAACGCUGGGACCCACAGGCCAGGCAGUGGAAUUAUGUAGCCAGUAUGUCGACUCCACGUAGCACUAUGGGAGUCACGGCACUCAACGGAAAACUGUUUGCAGUGGGAGGUCGAGACGGCAGCUCAUGCCUGAGGUCGAUGGAGUGCUUCGAUCCGCACACCAACAAGUGGAGCAUGUGUGCUCCCAUGACCAAGAGGCGAGGAGGAGUGGGCGUCGCCACAUACAACAACUUUCUGUAUGCUGUCGGGGGACACGAUGCCCCGGCCUCUAACCACUGUUCCAGACUCUCUGACUGUGUCGAGAGAUAUGACCCAAAGACGGACACGUGGACCACAGUGUCCCCCCUCAGUGUACCCCGAGAUGCGGUGGGCAUUUGCCUGCUGGGGGACCGGCUAUACGCCGUCGGUGGAUAUGACGGGCAGUCAUACCUGAACACGGUGGAGUCCUAUGAUGCACAGAACAACGAGUGGACUGAGGAGGUCCCUCUCAACAUCGGCAGAGCGGGUGCUUGCGUGGUUGUGGUGAAAUUGCCUUGAGCAUUUCAUCUCUCGAUGACAUGGGAAACAAAUGAAAGGCAGCGGCAAAGAAAAGUGGACAAACAAAACAGCAGAUCAAGGAUGCAUCCUUAGAGUCACGCAUUUUUUUUCAUCCUUAUACAUGUUGUCCAGCUUUUGAGAGAAUAACACAGACAGAGUCUUGCCCAUGAACCAUUGUUUAUCAUGAGUGGAUUCGUCUCCCCACUGGAAACAACUUACUGAGAAACUGAAGCACGCUGCACAUUCUUUAAAUUCUCAACCCACCAAGACUUUUUUACAGGCUUCGCUCAGAUACAGCAAAUCACAGCAAAGCUGAUUUGAUACAGUUGUGUCAUAAUGUGCUGCAUUUUACUCAAUUACAUUUUCAUACUUUGAUAUCAGUGCUAUCACAUAUAGUAUAUUUUUGCAUUGUGUGUAGCCACUGAAAUGAAAUUAUGUGUCAGCAUCUCUCAUUCGUCAGUGAUCUAAACCAUUUUUAGCAAAUUGUUUAUUGCAGGAUCACUGUGAACAUCAAAUGCAAGAUUCUGCAAGAUGCAAUGCAGGACCGGAUGGAAAUCUCUCACGUACUGUACAAUUACUUUGCUAAAUAAUGCAUUCAGACAACAUUUUUUUAGUUCUAUUUUUAUUGUGCUUGUAGAGGAGGAACACCAAAGUCAUUUAUUUGCUUGUCUUAGGACUUUUGUUAUGCAUUAAAUAAAAGUUUACAAAAUUGUGAAUAAGAGAAAAUAUAUCAUAUUGAUAUUUCACAUUGCUGUACAGAUUUUCGUGAACUUUAUCGAGUUAUAUUUACGUAGAUAGGAUCUUGAUUAAAUCCAUUCAGUCUACAGUAUCACCCACACUUAGGUGGCCACACUUUUGCUUGUGUCUCUUUAUUGGAUUAUUUGAAGGAUUCCUCAAAAUUUAAUCGAGCAAUUUUCAGAAAGGAUGUGGCUAUAGGUAUGAUAUCGUAUGGCAGAUGGCAGUGUCUACAGGUACAAGACAGCUCAUAGAAUGCAGUUGUACUAACAACAAAAUGAACAAUGCAUCGCUGUGAUAGUACUAAUACUAAUACUCAUACUAAUACUAAGGACUAACAGGAAGACAGAGGACGGGAAGGAGAGGAACAGUAGUAGCCAGACUCCCCUGAGGGAGUCUUCCCAAGGGAUUAAUAAAGUUCUAAUCUAAUCUAAUCGAUUCUAAUACUGAUCCAGUAGCACCACACUGUCACUGUGAUCUUCUGCACAAUAUCCCCCAAAACAUCAGGAAUUUUACAAUGUUAGCAAUUUACUUUGUCAUAAAGUAGGAGUACUGCAAUGCAUUGUUAGCUCCGACACGCUGAACGGACAUCGCACCAUAAGAUUAUGUUUUUGUGGAACCUGUGCUUUUGAAUUUUGGCAGAAAUUGCAUGUGACAUGGUGGAAAUCCCACGGGAUGUUGUGUAACAGCCACACUAAGUAAAAACAAAUAACUAUACAGAUAAAAACAGGAUGGUGCCAAAAUCCAAACCCUGUAGGCACUGUAGGCACUUAAGGCUCAAUGGGAACCCUGAACAUGAGAUAGCUAAUGGAGCUCUAGUGACAUAAGAAGUACUCAAAGGAAGAUCAGGUGGAGGAGGUGAUGACUUAUAGCCCAGUGGCUGUGAAGGCGGAUAAGGUCCUCGCGUCUUGAUCGCCUUGAGAUUUCCCAGCCAUCGAACCAGGCUAAGGAUCUGUUUAGGACCGUUUGUUUAUCAGUGUGCAAUGACAUUCCUACUUUAAGCAAACCCAUGUACAGGCGUCUGUACAUUUAUUUAUUUAUUUGAUCUCCAUUAGCUGUAACAAGUACAGCUACUCUUCCUGGAGUCAACCCAACAUGGUGCUCACAGAACAGUAUUUCUACCAGCCUUCACAACACCACACCACUACACAUAUAUAAAUAAUAAAAAUGGAAAUACCCUUCCCCCUCCCCCCCCCCCACCCACACACACUCACACACACUCAUCUGCACACACAUUGCCAGGACCCAGUUUAUAGAGAAACAUUUGGCUCAGUAUGGUUACUCACAGUUAAUUCAUUCUUGUCAAACGAUUGACUACAAAUAACUUCCUAGAAUGAUCAAUAAAUCCAAAUGUUAAAGUCUAAAAAGUUGUCUUUUGAAAAGGACUUUAAAGUGAUGUUUACUGGUUGCAUUAAAGGGACAUUGAUCCUGGAUGUAGAUUUUCUACGUCCAAGAAUUGAUCAAGAGACGAUCUUCCUCACCACUGAGAGAUUUCCACGACAAUGCAUUGUUCAUACAUGGUUAAUGCUACUGGUUUCUGUACCACUGCGCAGAAAUAUCUUGUACCUACAGCCACUACUACUUGGUAUAUGAUAUGUACCAGUAGUCACGUACUUUCCCAAAGUGUGGUGAAAAGAUUGGCUUGAAAUAGAAACCAAUUACACUUGGAGUUAAGUAGUGUGUUCAAAUUAGCACCCUUCUUGUAAUACGUACUUCCAUAUUUUCUCAGCAAGAUAGCUAAGCCACUGUUUUAUUUAUUUUUGCAAAAUUAUCAUAAAUCAAAUUCUUGCAUAUUAUUAAUUUCUUUCAGCACAUAUUUCCAAUGUGGAUCACUUUCUGACACACAACCAUGUAAUUAACAGCAACCAAUUCACUUAAACCAGCUUUGUAACGUCUGUGAGAGAAUGUCAAGUAUCCCUGUUUUCACUGGAACAUUUACAUUUUAGCUUUGUUGUUACACAAUGCUAACUUGCUCACAACCUGUAACUAUAAUUAUUACAACAUGUCUUGAGGGGCCAAAUGUUGCAUUUUGUGUUUUUGUCAUAAUUUUGUACAGCAUGCAAAGCUAUAAAUAAAAGUACUUCAGUCUUCUUUGC